CGCAAGUCAGCGCAAUCGAAGAAGUCGGUUCUCUAGGUCUACCUAAGUCCAGCCGUCUUACACGGUGGCAGGCUGGUGCCGGUCACAUCCGGUCACCGGGCCGGUGCCGCGACUCCACUCAACGCCAUCGUCCAAUCGGGCCGGACUGCGAUCCGGACGGAGCGGUGGGCCGCGUCCUCGUCCUCCAGGUUCCGACUGAUAUGAUGACAUCGCGCGCCCUUGCGGGGUGGAGGCAACUCGCCUGUCGAUAGCUUCAUACUCAUAGAGGAAGACUGAUCAGUAAACGAUAGUGUUUCAAGCUGCACUUAUAGACGGCCUGUGAAAUCUGUUGAACAAAUUUUAAAAGAGAGUUGCCUUCUUGGUUCAGUACCUGUUUAUCGAUUAAACACCGCCGAUCAGAUUUAACCCCGCAUAAUUGCACCCAAAGAGACUGAAACACAUUCAACAACAACAAUACCAAUAACAAUCUCACCAUGGCCAGCCUCAAAGACUUCCGCGUCCUAACCUUUGACGUCUACGGCACCCUAAUCGACUGGGAAACAGGCGCCCUGGCAGCCCUCCAACCCCUCCUGGAAGCAAACAACCGCGCCGGAGACUUCACCCGCAAGCACCUCCUAGACACCUACCACGAAUGCGAAGCCGCGCAGCAGGCCAAAACCCCAGACCUCCCCUACGCCCAGCUCCUCACCACAAUCCACCCCCAAAUCGCCGCAAAACUCGGCCUCACAUCCUCGCCACCGUCCGCGGAGGCCUCAAAGGCCUUUGGCGACUCCGUCGGCUCCUGGCCCGCUUUCCCGGACACGGUCGACGCCCUCCGCCGGCUGGGCAAGUACUACAAGCUCGUCGUGCUCUCCAACGUCGACCGGACUUCGUUUGCGCUCAGCAAUGCGGGACCGCUGGCGGGCGUGCCGUUUGAUUUGAUUGUCACGGCGCAGGAUGUGGGGUCGUAUAAGCCCGACCAGCGCAACUUUACGUAUAUGCUGCGCGAGGUGAAGGAGAGGUUUGGGGUCGAGAAGGAGCGGGUGCUGCAGACGGCGCAGAGUCAGUUCCAUGAUCACCAUCCGGCCGAGGAGGCUGGUAUCAAGUCGUCGUGGAUUGUGAGGCCUGGGGCCGUGAUGGGGAAUAGGGAUCGCGAGGUGUUUGAUUGGAAGUUUGAUACGUUGGGGGAGAUGGCUGAUGCGCUUGAGAAGGAAUUGGCUUGAAGCGGGAUCUAUGUAUACAUUGCAUGACAGGAUGUUCUAUUUGAUGCCAGGUUCGAGUGCCGUCCUACGCGAGGUGAAAAUAUCUACUACUUGAGUUUUGACAUCUUGAAGUAUUGCGCC